UUUUCAAAACAAAAAACAGACGCCAUGGAAAACUUUUCACUGCAGCAGUUGAUCGAGUUGCAAAAUAUCCAGAAGGAACUAAACAGCAACAAGGACACGUACCUAAAAACCUACCGCCAAGUACUCAAAAAGAAAUUUAGAUCAGAACUGAACAAUUUGGUCCGUGCUGAUUUCAAUAUAGUCAAAACCGAGUUAAAGGUUCCACAAUUACCACCACUACCUCCAGAAGAUGAAAAGACUACAGCCACGGUACAAUUCAGCGAUAUGGCCAAGGACUACGAAUUCACUAAGGACUGCUUGUCCUUGCUGUAGGACUCUUCUGACCGGUCUUUGGUGCUGUUCAGCCAAUAUUUAUGCAGCACGUGAUAUGUGUGCUGCAGACACUCAAUUGAGGGGGAUUGACUCUGGAAAAAAGGAGCUUAAUCAUUAAAUACAUACGUUUACAUGAACGAAAGUGAACUCACAUUGAAUAGGGGUAUUAUAGGGCGCUUCUUGAAUUGACUUCCUUUUGUACGUAAUAUAAGCAUGUACUUUACGUCCAACUGAAAGAGAAACAAAGUGAAUAAAUAUUAGAAACAUU